UUCAUGCAAAUGCACACAUUCCUCCGCCCACGUUUGAACUCUGCUAGCUACAUGUACUGAUAGUGGAGUUGCAUGCCCUCUCUUCUUUUAUACGCCCUUGGUAAUAUAAACCAGCUAGUGCAUAAAGUAUAAUUAUAUCUCACCUUCAGUUGGAUUAUUAUUACUACAAGCUGGCCCUUGUUCUAACUUUCCAUUGCCCUUCUCUUUAUUAGAAUAAUUAUACAGCUGCAAAGGCAGCCUGUGCGGAAUGUAAAAAUUGCAAAUUCUACUAUCACCCCUUGUUCUAACUUUUCAUUGCUCUUCUCUUUUUUAGAAUAUACGGCAACCUGUGCAGAAUGUAAAAACUGCAAACUCUACUAUCACUUUACAUUCGAAAUGGGUAGUGAGUGUGUCUAAAACUACUAUAGAAGUAAACCAAGUCAAGUAUAUUUGCGUUGACGGGCCCCAGAAGUUAUGUGGUCAAUUAUGGCUUCAUUUAUGGUUUAUGUGGUUGACAAGUAUGCCAGGGACUGAAACUGCUAACUUUUAGCUGGUUGGAGCUUACCAGCUAUACAGCAUAUAGAUAGAAGUGCCUUUUAACAAGGAAUCCAAUGGUAUAUGAAAAGUGAAUUUCAGUGAAAUAUAACAAAGUUAUGACAACAUUAUGAAGGUCAACCUCAACACUAGCCUCGACCUUCAAUAGUGGGCCUGGUAUUUACUGUUGGCGCGUGGGUGGACAAUUAAUUUAUUAUUUACCGUAUUUUAACGUUUAAACAGUAUUUUAUCUUAUUGAACGAUUGUGAUAAAGAACAGAAAAAAGAAAAAGGAGAGCUACCUCUCUGUAUAUACUGUAGACAGAGACAGCUAAGUAAAACCUCAGCUCUGUAGAUUUAUCUAUUAACUUGAGGCUCGGAUCGGAUACACACUCAGGCGACAAGUCAAUCUCAUAAGAAAUUAGUUAAACCUGUGGGUAAAAAAUAAAUGUGGAUAAGUACAGUGGCUGCAACGUAACAUAAUGUGAGGACUACUUAUUGAUUUACACAAUAGAUUUACCAUUGAAAGCACUAUCCAUUAAUACACACUCAAGCAACAAGUCCCUCGGAUCGGAUAUGGAUACACACUCAGGCGACAAGUCCCUCGGAUUGUAAACACAUUCAGGCAACACAUUUCUCAGAUCAGAUACCACGUACUUACUCUGUGACCAAUUUUCGGCAAAUGUCACAACAAUGUUUCCUUCCAGAGAGAAUGCUUAAUGGCACUGAACGUCGAACAGACACACCAACACUUUGAAGAUGGCUUCACUCAGAGAAACAAGAAGAGAAAUCACCAUCACAACACUUCUUUCAGAGAGAGGUGCACUGGUCCUGUCAAGCUUCACAUCAAUCAAGAAAGGGAGAGUCUGGAAAGCAGAUGGACUUGCCAUAGCGGUCAGUACGGUACCCACAUAAACACCAGCGUACAGACACUUCAACGCCUCCAGCUGCUUGUCUUUCAAGACUAGACCUGGUUUUCCAACACAGGAUAACGCGUACGCGAGAGCAAAAGAGAAGGUAGCAGCCAUUACAACUUGGACUAGAUUUCUUUUUUCAAUGACAUCAUUAUAAAUGAAACGGAUAUCAAUGUUUUACAACUAAAUGCGAAAUAAGAAUACUGAUAAAUAUAUAUAUACUACAAUUUACAAUUACCAAGAUUCUUGGUAAUUCUGGCGCAUGCGUAAACAGUGUUUACCAGGCCACCUUUCUCUGCGGCCUGGAAUGGAGGCUACCUCAACACAAAUAGACUUUAGUAAUCUAAUUGCAUUCAGCCCUAAUACAAAAACAGCAUACAUAAAAGUUCCAAAUACAUAAAAGUUCCAACCUCUACCAGAAAACCAUGUAGAGAUCUCUGUAGUUGGGGUGAACUUACUAGUGCCUAUAGUUAGCAUGGAACAUAACAGUGCUUAUGGCUUGAUUGACGAAAGAAUAGAAGACACCCCAGCAGACAACAAUAUUUCUUACAAUACUGUUGAUCAUGGGACCAUAUCUCGUAAUCAGACCAGUCGGUACAGUAACCCUGGAGAGAGACAAGAAAAUACGUAUGACGAAAUCGUGAACAAGUUCAAGGCGCCGGCAGAAGACAGUCUGAAGAAGAGUCAAGUUCUAAUUUGCAGUGCAGCUACUUCAGCUUUAGUUAUAUCUGUGCUUUCUCUACUCGUAGCUGUUGCAGCAUUAGUGUUCUUUAAUUCAGAGUUGAGGAACCAGCUUUGUAGUGCCACAUGCAACCAGUCUCUGAAUCAACAGCUAUUGUUUACUCAAUUGAAUGAUUCAAUCGCAAAAAUCGAAUCUAUCAUUGGUGAGUUAAGCCCAACUGCUUUUUUUCCAGGGUCUUUAACCAACCCUGCUAGCUCUUGCAGUGACAUCCCCCAAGACAGACCGCCUGGAGAAUACUGGAUUCAAGCUAACAAUACCAUUUCUCCUGUUCAAGUUUUCUGUGACAUGGAACGAACUAGCUGCAGCUGCAACCGAACAACAAAAGGAUGGAUGAGAGUUGCCAAUUUGGACAUGACCGACCCCAACCAGACCUGCCCUACUGCAUUCAGUUUGCGGACACGAACAACACCACCACUGCGGACAUGUGGCAGAUCAGUAUUUGGGUGUACAAGGGCUAUAUUUCCAACCUUUGGGAUUGAGUACUCACAUGUGUGUGGUAGAAUCGUAGCUUAUCAAGAUGGAUCCCCAGAUGGGUUUUUCUCUUCCAACUCCUUAACGAUUGACGACACUUAUGUGGACGGCAUUAGCGUCACACACGGACAAUCCCCACGACAACACAUCUGGACAUUUGCUGCAGCUUUGGAUGAACUGAGCUCUACUUGUCCCUGUAUCAAUUCUGAGAUUGAAACUGGAUUUGCACCAUCGUUUAUCAAUCAAGACUAUUUCUGUGACACUGGUAGUAGAGAUCGAUUUCAACACAUUUUCUAUCCUGAUGAUCCACUCUGGGAUGGUCAGGGAUGCGGGCGUGCCAGUACUUGCUGCCAAUUCAACAACCCACCGUGGUUUUGCAAGCAACUCCCCCAGCCAACUACGGAUGAUAUUGAACUGAGGAUGUGUUUUGGCAGUGGGGUCACUGAUGAAGACACACCACUUGAACUUAUUCAACUUUUUAUAAACUGAGCAUAAUGAAUGUAGAAACCAAAAAUAUUACUCUAGUCUUGCAUAGUUUUGUCAUACAGUACACAGUAUACUUACUGCAAAAUUAUAUAGUGCAUGUGGCCGUUAUAAAGUUAUUUGUGCGACCGCUCAAUUAAAGAUGUGGUCUAUAAUGUUCUUUUUGUGGUUUACACUGCAUGAGGAAUAAUGCAGGAAUAAUAUAGGCUGUUAUUUCAAGUAUAGAAUAAUCGACAAUGUGUAUAUCAAGCAUAUAACAUACCAAAACCUAGUAACUGCAUGGUAUGUUCCGAAGAACACCACAGCGAUACAGAGUAGUGAAACCAUAUCUAAGGUUAUAUCCGUUGCUAUGUGCAAUAUGCAGCAUAAUGCACUGAAUCUCACAUUUUGCACUGACCACAAAGCCUUGAGGGAUUUAAAGAUAAUUAUACAUGGCAUUUUUACAUGCCGCAUAGCACAGGCCUACAGUAAUAAUAGGUUUGUCCAGUUCUUUACUGUCUGUUAAACGGUCCUAGGACAUAAUCACUGGUUGGAGGCAUCGUCAGAGUUGGGGAGUGGCUUUUUUCAGUUUGAGGUGGGGCUGUUUCGCAGCAGCAGCGUUGAGAAGAGAGUAUUUUUUGCAGCGUUUGGGUGCAUGGUGUAUAUUGCACUCAGCCCUCGUGCUUCAGUGCAAUAUACACCAUACAAUCCCUCGUGCCCAUGUUAUAACUAUUACUUGUUUCAUCCCUCAUUUCAAAUGCAUGCACUGUUAAUUGAUACUCUGAAAUCACUAGCUGUGACAAAUGGAGUUUCCCUCAUUCCAAAUAGCACCAUGGUACCUGUGAACGUGCAUGCAUGCACAUUGUUAAUUGAUACUCUGAGAUCAUCUUAACUUGUAACUGAGAGUAAUUCACUGCUGAUUGAUAAAGUCUAUGUUGCACAUAUGCAUGUAAUUCACUGUUGAUUUGAUAAUUCUGAAGUCAAUGUUGUACUCAGGAAUAAUAGGUAGAAUAAUAGGCUGUUGUUAAGAAUAGAAUAAUCUACCAACUAUUAUAGUACCAAGGCCAAGUGAUCAACAACACACUGACAUAGUACUCUUUGAACAGCCUGGCUGCACCAAUCACUCAUUAUUCUUCAACUAAAUUUUGAUUAUUAAACUUGCCUUGGAAUUGUGCAUGUUUCAUUUCACCUUUGAACUCUUCAAAUACCUCAAACGUCCAUGUGACUUCAUUUCACCUUUAAGCAAUACCACCUCUUAGAAAAUCCUCAAAAACACCAACCAAAACAAAGCUUCCCUCACUAAAAAAUUUACCUCACGCACCAAAUCAAAACACACCUCUCAAAAAUUAACCACUCAAAAAUACACCUCUCGCACACAGUAGAAAAGACUUCUUUGAAAACAAACCUCCCAUAAAUUGUGUUGCAGUGGCCGACUCUCUUUAGCAAUUGAAGGCAUAGAGAUUAGUUAGAUCAGGUUGGGUGUGGUUGACACUUGACAGAGUGUAAUAGCCGUAGUAGGUGGUUUUUUAGACGCGGCUAUUUCCUCACUAUUCCGGCCAAGAUGCACUGUGAGUGUCCCAAAGGUGGCCGAGAGUCUACUGUACAUGCAUGUUGCUGUUUAGAAUGGUACCACACCGACUUUGUGAAGAAAUCCUACCUCUAGUAACCACCAUGUCUGUGGUGGUUACUAGAAGCAAGAUUUCUUUCCGACAGACGGACGUUGUUGUUUUAGUGGCAUGGAUGUAUUUGUCAUUCAUCCUACUUCUCA